GCACCGAACGACGCGGAGCGCAUGAAGCUCUUGGUUGGACUACACCAGAAGUUCUUUCAUGCUGUAGACGCUGUUUGCGAGCGACUUUGCAAAGCACUUGGAUUACCUCCGACGAUUCUGAAGUUAUGCCAAGGCAUCAUGCAGCACUGCGAAGUUUGCCGAGACAGGAUGAGAGUCAUGAGCAGUCCGCUCAUCAAAGGCACGUUGGCAACCCACUUCAACCAGCGCGUGCAGAACGAUCUUUUCUUCCUCUUCGAAAAGGUAUGGCUUCUAUGUAUCGAUGAAUGCUUACGCUUUCGGCUGGCUGGACGUCUCAACAGCAAGACGCCCGCAGACAUUCGGAAGGGCUACGUGCAGCUAUGGACUAGGCUCUUUGGACCGAUGGAGACGCUGGUGAUCGAUCAGGAAGGAGGACUUACAGGCGACAUGGCUUCUCUUUUCUGUGAUCGCUACACCGGGACUCGCGAGUUCGGAGGCACGGCAGCACAUGCCCACACGGGCUUGGCUGAGCGUGCCAUCUCUUUGGUCAAAGCAGUGGCUCUCAAGACCAAGGCCGACUGUUCGAAGCAAGGUAUCACAUAUUUGAGUGACGACGACAUUGUAGCCGAGGCUGCCAUGGUUGGUAACUUGACUCUGAACUACGGCGGCUCGGUUCCAGCGCAAGGAUUGUUUGGAUACAUGCCCAAGGAUGCCUGCGAUCCUGAAUCCAAGACACUCACCGGCACCAGCAGCAUCCUGGAGCAGGUUCUGGGCUUUCACGUGCAGUCGAAUGACAUCUUCCUAGACAACGCAGACACGCCAG